AAAUCACACUUAUUCUCUCUCUUUAUCAUAUUUUCAUGUUUAUUUGUGAUUUUAUUCUUCCCCAAAUCUCUGCGCUCAAUUCUCUCACUCUUGGUUUUACAGAGUGAUUUCUGUCAUUUGGAUUUCUGUUUGAAGAAGAGGAGUUAAGAGCUGGCGUAGGGCGUGCGGGAUUGAAGCUGUACGGUGAGCUCACGGCUGAAUUCCUCAAGGAUUUCUGUCGUUUGGAUAUUUGUUUGAAGGAGAGGAGUUCAGAGUCGGCGCUGGGAGUUCAGGAGUGAAGUGGUUCAGUGAGCUCACGACUGAAUUCCUUAGGGAUUGCUGUCGUUUGGAUUUUUGUUUGAAGUAGAGGAGUCCAGAGUUGGCGUUGGGAGUUCAGGAGUGAAGUGGUUCAGUGAGCUCACAACUGAAUUCCUUGUUGAGAGUCUUUGUUGAAAAAAUUUGGGGAGAAUGGAUGCAAAUGUAUCUGAAGGUAAUUUUUCUGAUAUUGAUUGGACAUCUGAUGACGAGUCAGAAACUAAUGUGGAAGCAGUUGCAUCGGCCAACCCAACUUGUACUGAAACUAUUGUUGGCAACGAGGAGGCAAGCUCAUCAAAUGCCGCCCGUUCCAAGAUGAUUGGUCAUUUUGUUGGAAUGGGGUUUGCAGAGAAAUUGGUCUUAAAAGCCAUUGAUGAAAAUGGAGAAGGAGAUCCUGACUCAAUACUCAAUUUGAUCUUAACAUUCUCGACUCUUGAAGAGUCCCCACCACAGCAGCUGAGCACAAAUUCUGACCCAUGCUCUUCUGGUAACAAUGAGAACUUUCUCAAUGAUCUUUCAGAUAUGGAAAGCUGGUCCGAAGAUGAACUUGAAGACCGUUUGAAGGGAAAUGAUGGUUAUAAAUCAGAGAAGCACAAGAUGUUGUUGUCGUUGGCAGCAUCUGGAUCAUUGUCAGAGAGAGAGAGAAAAUUGCUGGACUUAGCAGACAUGGGAUAUGCUCUGGAAGAUGCAGAACUUGCUUUGGAAAGAUGGCCAGAAGCCCCGGUUGAUGAUUUGAUUGAGAUCAUAGGUGCUGCUCAAAUGGCUAGAGAGGAGGAUUGCUACUUGCCUGAAGACGAUCUCAAGCCAAAGCACAUUCUUAGUGGAGGCAGCAAAAGCAAGAAGAGGAAACAUUUUGAGAUGAAGAAGAAUGUGAUUGAGGAGUCGAUUCGCCUGCCAAAUCCAAUGAUUGGAUUUGGCGUUCCCUCCAUGCAGCCGCCGGAGCGGGUUCAUCGUUCCUUGCCACUAGAAGCAAGAGGCCCCCCAUACUUCUACUAUGAGAAUGUCGCCCUUACACCGAAGGGUGUCUGGGAUACCAUCUCGCGCUUCCUCUAUGACAUUGAGCCAGAGUUCGUCGACUCGAAGUUUUUCUCGGCCUGCGCAAGAAAGAGGGGCUACAUCCACAAUCUGCCCAUCGAGAACCGGUUUCCCCUCGUACCUCUUCCACCACUUACCAUCCAGCAGGCUUUUCCUUUAUCAAGAAGGUGGUGGCCUUCGUGGGAUCCAAGAGACAAGAUGAACUGCAUCCAGACUGCUAUAGCGAGUGCGAAGCUGACUGAGAGGAUCCGCACUGCGCUGGAGAGGAGUGGAGAGGGUGACCCACCGGAAGCCAUCCAACGCUAUGUCAUGGAGCAGUGUCGGAAGUGGAACUUGGUGUGGGUGGGGCGGAACAAAGUUGCCCCUCUGGAGCCAGAUGAGGUGGAGAUGCUCUUGGGGUUCCCAAAGAACCACACGAGAGGCGGUGGGAUCAGCCGAACUGACCGAUACAAGUCCCUGGGAAACUCUUUCCAGGUCGACACUGUGGCCUAUCAUUUGUCGGUGCUCAAAGACAUGUUCCCUCAUGGCGUCAAUGUGUUGUCCCUCUUCUCCGGGAUAGGUGGAGCAGAGGUUGCGCUCCAUCGGCUUGGGAUCAAACUGAAGAACGUCGUCUCCAUCGAGAAAUCCAAGGCGAACAGGGACAUAGUGAGGAGUUGGUGGGAGCAAACCAACCAGACGGGUAGCCUGAUCGAUUUUGACGACGUGACAUCGUUUGACGCUGCUAGGGUCGAGCAGAUCAUCGGUACCAUCGGAAAUUUUGAUCUGGUGGUCGGAGGCAGCCCCUGCAACAAUCUGGCAGGAAGCAACAGAGUUAGCAGAGAUGGCCUUGAGGGGAAGGAGUCUUCUCUUUUUUAUGAUUAUUUCCGUAUAUUAGAUUUAGUCAAACUGUAUAGGCAGGAAGAGGUCUGACUUUGAUGUAAAAUUUAUUGGAACCUGAAGAAUUUGCACCUUGCUAGGACUACAAUUUAUUUGGCCCUUUCUGAUUAAUGUGGUGAACAAAUUAAUUCAUAUUUCAAUUUAUUUAGCCCUUUUCUCUUCCCUAA